AUGUAUGCGUUUGGUGUUGCAACUGAGCUUGGUUUAGACCAGGAACCUGGCCCCGGUUAUACUGAUUCUCCGAGUCCAACGGGUGCUUCGCGGCUCAAGCCAUGGGAUACGGCAUCCCCAACAGUUGGCUCCGAUGGCCCCAUACUUUCAUUACCAGCGCAUACGACAGAAUGCCCAGAUCAAGUUCCUCGAUUAUCACGUAAUCGGGAGAGAACGUGGCUAAGGAUUCUAUUAUGGGAGCGAGCGAAUAGUGCGACUUGUGGUAGAACCCACGCUUUUCCAGAGACAGAAUUGACACGAAGUAUCGAUAUCUGGUGGUUACACCCACUAGCUGACGCUACAGAUAAAUAUACAUGUGCAUUCAUCGCUCUGAGGCGGGGCUUAGCUUUAUUGCAAAGCGAACUCAAAAAUCAGUCCCAUGUUGUACAUUCAAAUCCACAUUGGGUUCAAGAAUUUAUCGAUAGAUCUCUGAAGUCUUGGCGUGAAUGUUGGCUUUCAGGGCUAGAUGCCAGUCCAGAAAAGACUACAUCGUCUGAGCAACUGUCCAACGUCUUUCUUCGCUGGGUCUAUUUCCAUGGAAGGCUUUGGACAUUGUCAUUUGCGCUUGAAAAUGCCAUCAAUGGGGGGAAACAUCUGGAUGCCAUUCGAUCAGAUUGCUUGAGAGCUGCAGUGGAGUCUUGUGAGCUCGCUGUGCUGGAUCUGAACAGCAUUGGUGAACCAUUAUACUGCUUGUUAGCCCCGACCUGGGCGAUGAUUGCAUAUGGCUGUGUACUGGCCCUGAAAAUAUUCCCUGCAUUGUAUGGGCCACAUGGGAACGAUGUAGAGCUUCUUGCUCUGGUGAGUCAAGUUGCCACAUGCUUAGGAGUUGUAGGCGCCACGACGCCGAUGGCGGGGCUGCUAAGCCAGCAUCUCAUGGUGAUCCUGAGAGUUAGAAUGGCGCGCCUACUGAGAGCCUUGCCACAACCUCCCCAGCUGAAAUCAAGUCUGUCUCAGCAUCAGGCUCAUGAUCCUGAACCCAAUUCAGUAACCCCGCAUCAACCUCUUGAUGCGACGACACCUGAGGCACUGAUAUCAGAACAUGACCCUUUUUUGACGUCAGGGUCUACGUAUAUUCAAGAGGGUCUGAAUGAGGAAGACUUUGAUGGCUUUCUUCGGGACAUGUUCGGAAAUGGGUUUGGCGGCGUUUUCUAA